UUCAUUUCAUUCCUUUCAAACCCUAAAAAUUUUAAUAAAACAAAAAGAGCUAAAGAGAAAGAUUUAAAGAAACACAGACUCUCCUCUUCUUUAUCAUCACUACUUCUUUCUCUGCAACUCUCUUAGCUUCUUGAUGUGAUUCUCCACCAUAUCAUUCAAAAGAAAAUAAAUCUAAAAAGAAAAAAAAAUCCAUUAACCUUUCCAAAAGAGAAAAAAAAAAUUAAAACCAUGGUCUUCUCAUCCAUUAAUUCAGUCUAUCUAGAUCCACCCAACUGGCAUCAGUCUUUGCAGCAACAAGGAGGAGCUGGAGGAGAAGGCCUUCAACUUCCACCACCUCCGCCGCCAGGGCCGCCGGCUGGCGGCUCUGGUGGUGAAAAUACCGGUUCGAUGAGGCCCGGUUCGAUGGCGGAAAGGGCAAGAAUGGCUAAAGUACCACAACCGGAAGUAGCUCUUAAAUGUCCAAGAUGUGAAUCAACAAAUACAAAAUUUUGUUACUUUAAUAAUUACAGCCUUUCUCAGCCGAGACACUUUUGCAAGACUUGCCGGAGAUACUGGACUAGAGGCGGCGCUCUGAGAAGCGUACCGGUCGGCGGCGGUUGUAGAAGAAAUAAAAGAAGUAAAAGUAGUAAUAGAUCAAAGUCUCCAUCUAAAGCUUCUGGUUCAACUUCAAGUAGUGGACUUAUUUCUAAUGGUUGCGCAAAUGAUAUUUUAGGGCACAAUAUGCCACCUCAUCAUCCACAUCAGCACUUGCCAAUUUUGCCUCCUUUGCAUCAUCUUAAUGACUUCAAUUCUGCUGAUUUAGGGUUAAAUUUUAAUGGAAUUCAGCCUCCGGUCGCCGCCACGGGGACAGCCGGCGGUGGAAUGGAGUUUCAGAUUGGUAUUACUAGCUCGGCUGGCGGCAGCGGUGGCGGCGGUGUUUUAUCUAGUGGACUUGUUGAUCAAUGGAGAUUUCAACAAUUUCCAUUUUUGAGUAAUUUAGAGCAACCAAUGACCGGAUUGUAUCAAUUUGAAGGUGAGGGAGUUGAUCAGCCAUCAAAUUAUAAUGUUGGUCAGCUUAUUCGGUCCAAUAAGCCAUUGGAGAAUAGGGUUUCAUCGGUUAAAAUGGAAGAAAAUAAUCAUCAAGGACUGAAUUUGUCAAAGAAUUUUUUUAAUAUUUCAGGAAAUGAUCAUCAAUAUUGGGGUGGCAAUAAUAAUAAUAAUAAUGCAUGGACUGAUCUUCCUGGCUUCACUUCAUCUUCUACAAGCCAUCUUUUGUGAUUUUGUCAAGCAAGAAAUUGAUCAUUUUGCAUCGAUGCACAGAUUCUUGCAUUGAGGAAAAUUCGGUAAGGUCGAAGAAUUUCAAUUUUCAACCCGUUGAUAGGACGGAUUAAAUAUUUUGCGGUUAUUUAAAUAUACUACUUUUACAUACUGGUUACUAACAUUUAAUUUAUUACAUUUUGAUAAUCCAAUAUUUAUUUUUCAAAUAAUGUGAGGUUACCCGAUCAAUUACGGCUAAAUUUUGUCUAUGUAGCAAUCCGUCAGCCAAGUGACAUAUCCGGCUCCCACAUAGACAAAAUUUGACCUGAAUUGAAUGGUAACCUUCCGUUCUUAGAAAAAAGGAAUAUUGAGUUAGCGAAGUAUAACAAAUUGAAUGUCGGUAAUCGUUUUAUAAAUGUAGUAUAAUUGGAUAACCGCAAAAAUAUUUAACUCUUGAUGGGAUGCUAUAAUUUUGGAAGUUCUGAAUUCGAGUUGGAUGAAGGUGAUGUUGAUAAAUCAGAAGGGUGGAUCAGAAAUUAAUCAAGGAAAUUGAUCUCAUUGGUCUACUGAUCAAAGAAAUUAGAAAAACGGUAGGUUUUUUCUAGUCUUGAAAUAUAUUUGCUUGCUCUUUUUUGUAUUUUGGGGGGGUUAAAUCAUAUUUUGUAUUCUAUUGUUAUGCAUGUUUACUAAAGCAGGGUGUAUGUGGAGUAAUUGGAUAUUUUGGGUAUAUCUGACAUGAAAAAAAGUUAUGUGAUAUAUAGAUGUAUUUGAUCUAUUGCACUGUUCCAAGUAUAAUAGUAUAUGCUUUUCAAUUGUAA